UGUGCCUCCGGAAGUAGUCCGUGUCCAGCAGCAGCAGCAGCAGCGGUUAGCUUUGUGGUUCCAUGUUGAUGUGUGUAGACUCCAGGAAGGAAAAUGUCACAGCAAACCAUCACAGUCACAGUUGCAAACGGAUCAAAUAAGCACAGCAUCACAUUAACUGUUCCUGACGAUGGGAAGGGUCCGACUGUCAAAGACUUGUCAGACGCUCUCGUUCAAACCACCGGAGUCCCAGCAGCCUCACAGAAACUCAUUUUCAAAGGAAAAUCCCUGAAGGACAUGGAGGAGAGUUUAUCCACCUAUGGGAUAAAAGAAGGCUGCAAGCUCAUGAUGAUUGGAAAGCGGAAUAGUCCUGAGGAAGAAGCAGAACUGAAGAAGCUGAAGGACAUUGAGAAAUCUGUGGAACUAACGGCUAAAAAGCUGGAGAAAGUAGACGGGGAGCUAACUGGACUCAAGAAUGGCUUCCUGGCCAAAGACCUCCAGGCAGAGGCUCUGGGGAAACUAGACCAUAGAGUGAAAAUAGCAGCUGAGCAGUUCAUGAAGAUUCUGGAGCAGAUAGAUGCCAUGAGCAUCCCAGAAAACUUCAACGACUGCAGAAUGAAGAAGAAGGGACUUAUAAAGACAGUGCAGGAUUUCCUGGCCCAAUGUGACAAGAUCGAGGCCUGUAUAUCAGAUCACCUAACAAAGGUCCAGUCAAAAAACCUUGCCCUGGCAGAGUAGAGCAACAAAGCCUCCCUCGUCGUGUGCUAUACGUUGCUCUGUGAGCAACUGCGACGUGUACAGAAAGCUUCGAGUGUGGAGCUGACCCUUGUUUAUUUAUUGUUGGUGUGAAGUGAAAUCCCUCAUCACAGACGAUCCUGUGAACAAGAGGAGGCUGGUUAACGACGGUGAUGCACGGAUACAUUCUCUGGGGUAAAGGUGGAUAUUUGGAGCUUUCUCAGAUGUUUUAACCACGGGCACUCAGAGGUGCUUUGAAUUGUCGGAAAUUAUAUACUGUGGAUCCUUUUAAUGCAUCAAAAACUUGUGAUCACUGCUCUAUACCUUAUUAAAUUAUCCAUGAUGAUGUCAGAAAAAUGAAAGAUUCACCAGUAGAUCAGAAAAUGUGAAACAUGGAGAGAUCUUGUUUUGUUUUUUAAGGGCACUUUGUAAACACAUGACCAAAAGCACAUGGAUGACCAAUUAGAUUAAGAAUCCAAAAUGAUAAUUUAAUAGGCUAUGCUAACAGCCUGCACUGUUCUGAGCAGUACUUUGUAAGAUGAAUAAAGAAAAUGGCCAAGACCAACGCUACACACCGCUGUCCACUUACUUUUGGCCAUAUGUAUUCACUGUUCCAUCAACUAGCACCAUUUGUUGAAUCCAGUGAGUGAUCAUGUGUAUCUUUGAAAUGUUUGUGAACUGUGGAGUUUGAUUUGCUCUAAA